AUGGUCGUUCUCAUCGCCGGCAUCACUGGCUCCCUUGGCCAGCGCCUCGCCCGGACCGCCCUGGACCGCGGCCUCGCCGUCCGUGGUCUCGGCCGCAACCCCGACAAGCUCGACCCCACCAUUGCCGCCUCCCUCGAGUCCUUCGUCCAGUCGGCCUCCCACGAGGACAUCCCCGCCCUCGACAAGGCCGUCGUCGGCGUCGACUCGAUCAUCAACGCCUACUCGCCGAUCGAUGUCCUGAACCUCGACGGCUCCCUCCUCUUGCUGCGCGCCGCCGAGCGCGCCGGCAUCAAGGUCUUCAUCGCCUCCUCAUGGAACAACGACUGGACGCGGAUGAAGUAUGGCGCAUUUGAGCACUAUGAUAUACGCAUCGCCUUUGAGCUUCAGGCUGCCCUGACAAGCACCAUCCGUCCCGUCUAUCUCUUCACCGGCAUCUUCUCCAGCUACAUGCUGACGCCCUUCGGCCCCGGCGCCCCCGCCGUCGGGCCCGAAAAGACCGUCUUCCGCUACUGGGGCGACGUUGGUCUGAAGACGAAGCACCCCUGGGUCACCCAGGAUGAUGCUGCCGCCUACACCAUCGACGUCCUCCUCCAUGGCCAGGUGUGCAGGACGGCCAGGCGCUUCUUCUACAUCCCGUCUGGCGCAGCACCAUCGCCGAAAAUCGCCGAGGCGUACGGGCGCGUCAGCGGGAAGCCCUACGACAUCGAAAAAGGCCGGUAG